AAAUACUCUAUUCCAGAAAACAGUAAAACCUGGGUUGCCUUGGUAUUACAAGGAGGAGGAGAAAGAGGAGAAGGAACAAGAGCAAUCGAGAGCAGGAGCAAGAAAGCAAGAGAGACAGAGACAGAGAGAGAGAGAGACAGAGAGAGACAGAGAGAGAGGCAGAGAGAAUCGGAUAGACUAGGAUGCUUAAUUCACAGUGCUACUGCAAGGUCUGCAUCGAUGGCACCAUGUCACAUAGGCUGGGCACGUAGAUUUCAAAGCAGCCCGGACAGCCACCUUUGGUCAUGUCGUUGCAUAAGAUAGAAAAGAAAAAGCCAUAACAAAACAUUAAAAAAAUGUAUUAAGUAAUGUUAAAACAAGUACACAGUAUCAUCACGUAGGAGUGAUUCUACCAAAGCAAAACCUGAUCUCUAUGUGAUGGUGAGUCCAGCUGCUGUUCUGAGACUGGCUACAGAAGUUGGUGUUACCCUUUCCUUAGAAAUGUGGAACUCACUAAACCUAUGCAAAUCCUCUACAAGGGUACUCUGAGAGUGCUGCUGGUUCUUUUGCAUGAUUUCCCAGAGUUCCUUUGUGAUUACCAUUAUGGGUUCUGUGAUGUGAUCCCUCCUAAUUGUAUCCAGUUAAGAAAUUUGAUCCUGAGUGCCUUCCCAAGAAACAUGAGGCUCCCAGACCCAUUCACUCCUAAUCUGAAGGUGGACAUGUUAAGCGAAAUUAACAUCGCACCUCGGAUCCUCACCAAUUUCACUGGAGUGAUGCCGCCUCAGUUCAAAAAGGAUUUGGAUUCUUAUCUUAAAACUCGGUCGCCGGUCACUUUCCUGUCUGAUCUGCGUAGUAACCUACAGGUAUCUAAUGAGCCCGGGAAUCGUUACAACCUCCAGCUUAUCAAUGCAUUGGUGCUCUACGUAGGGACUCAGGCUAUCGCACACAUCCACAACAAGGGCAGCACGCCGUCAAUGAGCACCAUCACCCACUCAGCACACAUGGACAUCUUCCAGAACCUGGCUGUGGACCUAGACACUGAGGGCCGAUAUCUCUUCUUAAAUGCAAUUGCGAACCAGCUACGGUACCCAAACAGCCACACUCACUACUUCAGCUGCACAAUGUUGUACCUUUUUGCUGAGGCGAACACUGAGGCAAUCCAGGAACAGAUCACAAGGGUUCUCUUGGAACGGUUGAUUGUAAAUAGGCCACAUCCUUGGGGUCUUCUUAUCACCUUCAUUGAGCUGAUUAAAAACCCAGCAUUUAAGUUCUGGAACCAUGAAUUUGUACACUGUGCCCCAGAGAUUGAAAAGUUAUUUCAGUCUGUUGCACAGUGCUGCAUGGGACAGAAGCAGGCUCAGCAAGUGAUGGAGGGGACCGGUGCCAGUUAGAUGAACUGUGUAUAUCCCUUGCAGAUGCAUCAGCCUUGGUCCGCUGAACCAAGUUCAUAAACUGAAGAGUCCUCCUGACUUUCCUAGCCCUUUGGUUCUCAGGGGUCUGCCCCGCCAACUGCUGGGGUUGAUCUCCUGUCUAUGUGGGCAAGUUCCAAAGUUUAAAUGCAUUUUUUUGACUCUUGGCCAAAAUUUAGAAGAUGCUGUGAAUAUCAUUUUGAACUUGUGUAAAUAUAUGAAAGAGAAAA